AUGGCCGUGAACUUCACCAAAUACCUCGUGCGGCAGAGAGGGGGCUCUUUAGAAGCCAUCAUCGCCCCAAAGCCUCUGGUGAUUCAGCCGAGGGAAGUUCUCAUUCGCGUCAAAGCGGUUGCCAUCAAUCCAGCUGAUUACAAAAUGAUUGAUCAAGGCCACCGAGUCACCUCUUGGCCCCUUGUUCCCGGCCUAGACGGAGCGGGCAUCGUCGAACAAGUGGGUGAUAAGGCAGGGCAUUUCAGGGUUGGAGAUCGAGUAAUCGCAUUGUUCACACCUGGUGAUAGCUCGGGAUCAUACCAGGAGUAUGCUGUGGUGCAGGGAAAAGAUGUGGUUAAGCUUCCAGCAACAUCGUCGCUGGAGGAAGGGGCUACUUUGGGUGUUUGCUACCUCACAGGCAUCAUAGCCCUCGGCAUCGGUCUAAAAAUCUCACUCCCCUUCCUUGAAGGCGGGCCAACUUCAGGGGUGCGGCCUUCUUCAGUGCUGAUUCUCGGUGGUAGCUCUGCGGUCGGUGCAGCCACAAUUCAGCUUCUUCGCCUCGCAAUUCCUGAAUGCAGAAUUCUGGCGACCAGCUCGACUCGGCAUCAUGAUCAUCUCAAAAAUCACCUCGGUGUAGAUGAAGCGAUCGAUAGGAAAUCGAGUUCUUUGCCCCAGGAUGCAAAGCAGGCCACUGGAGGCUGUCAAGGCGUCGACGCGAUCCUUGAUGUGGUUGGUGCCGGCCGCACACAAAAAGAUAUCUUUGAAGCUCUCAGCUCUAGCGGUCCCAAGAUCUAUGCACAGGUCUGGACAGGAGACGAGCAGAUUGAUGCGCCGGACGGCGUGAACUCGAUCAUGUUUCGAGGUCGCGAUCUCCCUCAAUUACCAGGGAAUCAGAACAUAGUUUGUGCCUUAGAGCGAUUAUUACAAGAAGAAAAGUACAAGCUACCAUUGCCAGUGCAUCAUGUGGGGCACGGGUUGAGCGCUCUGGAAAGGGCCCUUGAAAUAAUGCGCCAGGGCGUCAGUGGAGAGAAAUUGGUCAUUUCCAUAUAG